AGAUUCAGCAGAGGAGACUGGUCCAGCUACUGCUUGGCUCAUCUCUUCACUCAUCGCCAGUUUAGCUCCGGAAAACUGGGACUGGCUUAUAUCGCUAGUCCUGGGGUAGGAGAAACAGGUGGAAUAUGUUCACAGAGAGUCAUUGAUAGCUUUACCAAUGACAUAGUUAUAUACAACACUGGUGUCAGUGUGGCCAGCACUGGGAAGAGGCUGUUACUGCCUCAUGAAUCAGAACUGGUCAUUGCACACGGUCACAGUUGGGGUAGCCCCCAUGAUCCUGGUACUGAUACUAACUGUAGGUUGAGGUAUUUAAUGAAUGAGUUUAUACAAGACAACAGUGAAGGGACACACCAGGAAUUCUCUCCUUGCAGCAGGAUCAGUAUUGGUAGAGUAUUAGCUAACAAGGCAACCUGUUUUCAAGGUCGCUCUAAUUCAAAUUGUGGUAAUUACAUGAUAGAUGAUGAUGAGGAGUGUGAUGGAGGUAGACUGACUGUAGAUGAUCAGGACAGCUGCUGUGCCUCUAACUGUAAAUUAAGGAAAGGAAGCAACUGCAGGUAUCUAGUCUACAUGUACUUGUUGAAUAACUCUUUGUGUCAUUCAGUAUAA